CCGCUCAUCAACUCUUCCCCCCAUUUUAUAUAAGAAACCUCUCAUUUCUUCAACUUCUCCAACUUUUCAUCACUUUUUUUCAGAAGAAAUGUCUGCUGCUAUGGAUGAUUCCGCUGCCAAAGACCAAGGAAAAUCGACCUCGAGGCUUCUCCGGUAUCCGCUCCGAUCUGCUACAAGAUCCAAGGAGGAGAAACCGCCGCUCGCCGACUCCACAAACUCCCACUCUGCCACUAAAAGGGGAAGGCUUGCCUCAAGUGUGACUAAGAGUGUGAGUGUUCUUGAUCUCUCGGGCAAGGAGAAGUCUGCCAAGCCUCCUAGACGCCUCUCUGUUCCCUCCAAGUCCAACGCCACCCCUGCUUCCAAGUCUUUUGGCAGUAGUAUCACGCCUAUUUCUGAGGCGAGAUCAAAGAGGGCUGCUGUUAACCAAGGAAAGAGCGACACACCUCUAUCCUAUGCUUCGAAAUCAUCCAACCGGAAGAAAUUCAACGUGCUAGCAUCAGCAUCUUACUGGCUGACUCAUAUUAAGCACUCUGAAACUGCUGGCAAGCACUCCAUCUCUCUUGGCUUCUUCAAGCUAGCUUUGGAGGCCGGAUGCGAGCCUAUGCAGAAGAUGAGCGAUGAGCUGAAGUCAUAUGUGCGCAAACACGAACUUUCUGGACUUGAAGAAUCUGUCAAAGAACUGAUUGAGGGCUAUAAGAUUUCUGAGAACUAUGAGCCCUCAGAUGCAUCUAUAGCUGGCUCUGAAGCACCUGCAGAACCUAACCAGUCAUCCGAAGAUGAUGCUCGUAGCUCCUCAUCUUCUAUUACUGAUGCUGAGAAGGUGAAGCCAAAGUCACUGCCCACAGCUUCUGAUGAGAUUAAACAAGCCAAGCAAUCUAAAGAUGAGUCUGUGAAGAAGACCAGAAGGUCAGUGUCCAAGAUUCCUGCAAUCUCGAAGCCUGCUUCUGAAGUCAGGGGACGUAGCAUCCAAAGGAAACCUUCAAAACCGGCGAAGCAAGAUUCUGCUAAAGGAGAUGACAAGCUGAAGAAGCAGGGGAAGAAGCCCGCAAAAGCUGUGGAGCCAGUAAACUCUCAGCCAGAUGAAGCUGUUCUAGAAGACAAAGAAAACAUGGCUGUAUCACAGACGGAGGAGGUGGCUUCAGCAGUUUAGAGAAUAUACUUUAUACAUAUAACUGAAAAAGUGUUUGAUUUGGAUUUUCAAAUUUAGAAGUUCUUCUUCUGAUUGUAUAUAGCGCAACAAGUUAGUAUGGUUGAAAAUCUGGUGUUGUGUGUGAAGUUUGUAAUUUUUGAAACAUUGCUGCUCUGGAUUGGUUGUGAUUUUUGCCUUUCUUUCUAGUAAUAAUUUUUUUACAGUAUGAAA